AUGGUGUUGAUAGAUUUCAUGGAGAUGUCAAAGAAUGAUGAUACUACUCAAGAACCAUCAAAGAAUAAGAGAAUCGAUUCAUCUAUUUCUGACACAAAAGAUGAAGAUAAGAAGAAUGUAAAUGUGAAAGAAAGAAAGACUUUUUGUUGCAACUAUUGUAAGAAAGAGUUUUCUAGCUCACAAGCUUUGGGAGGACACCAAAACGCACACAAACAAGAACGGGCUAUGACAAAACGUGUUGAAGGUUUUGAUCCUUAUUACUCCUACUAUUCAAAUUUAUAUAACUCUCAUCAUUCCCUUUAUGGAGGAUCCUUUAAUAGAGCACUUGGGAUUAGGAAAGACUCUAUGAUUCAAAAGCUUCCUUGGACUCCAAGAUAUGAAUAUUCAUUGUUUAAAAGGAAUCAUGGGACGUCAAUAUUUGAUGGGUUCGGAAUUAUGAAGAGUGAUGACAAUGAUAAAACCACUCCACAAACACUCCCUCUUUUUACAAAUGAUGUUAACACUUCAUCAACAGAACUUCGAAAGAAGACAAUGCUUGCAACAGUAGAUAUUGUUGAUCAUUUUGUUCCAGAACAAACUUCCAAUCAAACAUCUUGCAAUCUUGAUUUGUCACUCAAUUUGUAG